UCACAUUGUUGUCUUCAUUCUCUCGCUCCUUCUGCUGCAUUUCUGCUGAAGCAACGCCUUGUUACCUUGCUUCCAUCUGUUCAGUUCCUUCCCCUGAGGGGUUUCUUGUGGUGGAUGACAGUAAAUUUCUUUGCCUUUAGCUCCUAAUGCUCCCGUUCCUUAUCAGGAUGCAGAAUCCUUUGGGGAAAUUUAUGCUCUAGUCUUGGACAGUUCACAGAGAGCCCUGGGCUGUUGUGGGUGUCUGUGGGCCUGUGCUCUUCGAAGGAGGGAGUCUCUCUUCCAAACCCCAUUUUGAGCUGUGGUUUUGGUUUCCAUAGUGACACUUCCUGUGGUAGAGAAAAGAGGUAGUGAGUGCAGCACUGUGAGCGUGGCAGGCAGCUGCACUCCUUCUUUCUCUCCCUGCCGGGGAUGCUCAGAAGGCCGUGCUGCAGCCUCAGGGAGGGGCUUCUCCUAGGCUGAUGGUCCUGGCUUAGACGGACUACCUGUGACAGCAGCACGAGGCAUGCUGGGAAAACCCAAAUACCUGGGCGUCCAAAAUGGCCGAAUGGGCCUGGCUGUGUCAGAUGGGGAGUUAAGCAGCUCGGGGGCUCGGGGCAGUAAUAACAGUGUGGACAGUCUGCCAAGCACCCAGAACGCCUCUCCUUCUUCGGGGCAAUCUGUAGCACGGUGGGCAGAGUCCUUUGAGACACUACUGCAGGACCGACUUGGUGUGGCCUACUUUACUGAGUUCCUGAAGAAGGAGUUUAGUGCUGAGAAUGUAUAUUUCUGGCAAGCCUGUGAACGGUUUCAGCAGAUCCCACCUGGCAGCACCCAACAGCUGGCCCAGGAGGCUAGGAGGAUCUAUGAUGAGUUCCUGUCAAGACAUUCGGUCAGCCCGGUCAAUAUUGACAGACAGGCCUGGAUUGGCGAGGAGAUGCUGGCAACCCCCACUCCUGACAUGUUUCACAUCCAACAACUCCAGAUCUUCAACCUGAUGAAGUUUGACAGCUACGCACGCUUCGUCAAGUCUCCACUGUAUCAGGCAUGUGCGAAGGCCGAAAGCCAAGGGCAGCCCUUGCCAGAGCUGAGGCCUCACUCUCGAAGCGGCAGCCCCCCGAGCGACCAUGGCAAGAAAACGAAACUAAAAGCAGGGAAAUCGCUGCCGCUAGGGAUGGAGGAAGGUGGCAACUUAGGCAGCAGGAGCCCUCGGAGAUCCUUUCGGAGAGGGGACCGGCGGGAGCGUCACUGGGGAGAGGAAAGAAAUGGCAGCGAAGGGCCAUCCCACUGGCGUGAGUCUCAAGGCUCUUUGAAUUCCUCGGCUAGCCUGGAUCUGGGCUUCCUCUCAUCUUACACCACCAACAGUUCCCAGACUGAGAACAACAGGCAGAGCCUGACUGGCUCAGAACCUGACAGUCAGAACCAGCCUGUCAAGUACUGUUGUAUUUACCUUCCCGAUGGGACAGCCUCUCUGGCCCCUGUGCGCUCUGGACUCUCCAUCCAGGACAUGCUGGCUGGGAUUUGCCAGCGCCGGGGCCUCCACCUGCCUGAUGUCAAGAUCUAUCUUGUGGGGAAUGAAAAGAAGCCACUGGCACUGAACCAGGAGAGCUUAGUCCUGGUGGAUCAGGAGGUGAAGCUGGAGACCAGGGUCAGCUUUGAGCUAGAAAUCAUGCCCCUGAAUAAGACAGUGUGCAUUCUGGCGAAAUCUACUAAGCAGCUGCGGGAGGCUUUGCAGCCCAUUGUGGAGAAGUACGGCCUGGAUCUCACACGAGUCCUGCUUCGACGGCCUGGUGAGCCCCAAGCUCUUAAUAUGGAAGAGAAAGUUACCACUGUGGCUUCUCAGAAGCUUGUGCUGGAGUCAGAUACAGAAGGGAAACCUCUUGGUGUGAGAAAUUCUGCAAUAAGCCCUUCUCGUGAGCUGAGUGAGGAUGACAGCUCUGUAGAGACAGAAUCUGAAUCUGAUUCAUUCAGUGAGGGGUCCUGUUCCUACACUAAGCCUCCUAGAAGCAAACAGAAUAGACGCACGUAUGACUUGGAAGGGCUCGUGGAUCUGCUGAACCGGGUACAGAGCUGCAGAGUCAAUGACCAGCGUGGCCUCCUGUCCAAAGAGGAUCUAGAACUACCUGACUUCCUUCAGCUGCCUGAACAAGAUGGUGUCUCCAGCAAGACCAGCUCCUCAUCCAGCCCAGCCCCUGAGAAAAAGUCCACAUCUGAGGCCCCCAGUGCUGAGGCAGCCACCGUCUCUCAGUGUCAGGCCCAGAAGAAGCAGUUGGUAUCUCAGGCUUCCCUUUCAAAGCCGCCUACGGGAACUCCAUCAUCAGCUGGUCCUGCUGGGAAACCUUCAGCCAUGUGACCUCCUCCAUGACUCCAUCCACCAGCCAUACUAGUCCCUUCCAAGAGGCCUAGUCAACCUCAUGUUCCUUGCAGUGAGGUCAGGUCCCUCCUGUUCAGUAUAUGUUGUGGUACCAUGUUCUGCCUCACAGAGACUCCUCCCCUCUCAUAGGAAUAUGGUCCGAGGCCUGGCUACAGCCUGCAGCCACUUCUAGGGACCCCCAGCCUGUCUUCCAGGAAUAGAAACGUGUCCUCCUAAUGUUCUGGCUGACUCUCCUCCCUUGGAACUGCUCGUGCUGGCUGGGCAGGAAAAUGCCAGUCUUGCCCACUUGCUGUACCAGACCGUCGUACGGUGUUGCUCUGUGUUGUGAAACAGCUGCCCAUGGCUGCCCCAGCAGCAACCGCAUCUCUGUGGCAGGUGGUGAUGACGCCUGUAUAUAGUUUGUAAUUUUCAGUCUUUGUAAAAUGUAAGAUAACACCGUUGCUUAAGUCGUCCUGAGUCUCUGCGAGUUUGUGCACGGCAUCACAUGCCUCUCUGGGCAGCGUGGCAGCAGUGGGUUGUGAAUGCAGCCCUCAAGGCAGACACACUCGGGUGCAGGAGUUCUGGAGACAGGACUGUUUUGGGGGUCUGUGCUGCCCCUGAGAGGUUCCCACAUCCUUCACGUGAAACGGCAUGGCUUAGAGCGAAGAGGACCCCCAAUCCAACUCCCAGUUGCCCUGGGUUGAGCGUUUGGUGUGCAGAUCCGACAAGCCCACACCAACUGUACCACAGAAUCUCCGCUGGAGCUGUGUAUGUCUCUGGUUAGGAGCUGGGUCCCCCAUCCCUCUCUAAAAACGGCGGAGGUGUGCUCUGUGGGCAAGCAGUGUGUGUGUGUAAGAGAGAGAGAGAGAGAGAGAGAGAGAGAGAGAGAGAGAGAGAGAUGAAUGGAAAUUUGGGUUGGAAACACUCCAGUUGUGGAGUUGCCGCGCUCUCCCCACGCACACAGAACACGCACAUUCCUAGGUCCCUGGAAACCUCUGCAAGCCUUUGCUCAGCAAACGUGUUCUGCUUGUGUGCGUUUGCUGGGGAGAUCAGCCAGCAAGCGGCGUGUGGGUGAGGUCGCGCGAGGCGGGGUCGCCGUCUCCCGAUGCGCCCCAUCCCCUCGCCCAGCUCAGUCCCCGAGGUGCUUACCGAGCCGAGCCUCGCCUCGCAUGCUAAGCACGGCGGAGGAGGCAGCUGCUUCCCCAUUGGCUGCCCCUGACCGCAUGUGCCGGCCCCUCACCGUCUGAAUGAGAGUGGGGAGGGGAGCAGCCAGUGCAGGCGGAGAUCCCGGACGGGAAGAGCCACCGGCAGCCCCAGCGACAGCCAGCCACAAGGAGCGGGAGGAGACUGGUGGUUUCUCAGAUGAUGUGCAUCUUCCUUGCAGAAACUUCUGUCUGGCCAGAGAAGGAUUUAAGAAUUACCCACCAGGAAAUAGCCAUGGAGCUGAACUCAAAGGAGCAAUCCAGCUCCCCUCAGAAGCAGGGAGUGAAAGCUCGGUCCAAAUCCACAGAGGAGAUCCAGCCUGCCAAGAAGGCUUUCCACACCCCCCAGAAGUCCUUGCCCAACCAGAUGGAUGGAGAUGAGUCCAAGGGUUCCUGUCCUGUCCCGGCACCCAAUACUAUUCAGCAGCAGCAGCAGACCUGAGGAACAGGAGCUGCUAGACUGCUGGUUGCAAGGAGUGGAGUCGUGACCAUUCCUUGUUCUGCUCCAUGGCUUGGCCCUGUUGCUCAGUCUUCAUGCCCUCGUGGAUGUCGCUGUGGUCCUGUCUGUCCAGCUGUUGCUGUCUGACUGUCUGUCCUCUCUGUGGAAUGAGAUCUGGGUAAAUAAAGUUAGUUGGAACAUC